AUGAAGCUCCUCGCCUCUACCGUCCUACUGGGCGCUGCUUCGGCCACCAUCACCAACCAGCAGUCUAUCCUUAAAGACGGCCAGAAUCUCCUUCACGAUUCUGCGGAGCCAGUCGCUAAUGCCUGGUCAAAGGCGCUCGGCCAUCUGGCCGAGUCGAUGAAAGAAAUGACUGCCGAGGCCAAGGCCAUCUGGGACGAGGUUACCAUGUACUUCCCCGAAGAGAUGGAGAAGGCAACCUUCUUCUCCGCCCCAAAGCCACACACCAAGAAGCCCGACAGCGCCUGGGACUUCGUUGUCAAAGGCUCUGAUGUCCAGAAUGUCUGGGUCGAGAACGCCAAUGGCGAAAAGGAGCGAGAGAUUGACGGAAAGCUCGAAUCAUACAAGCUACGAGCCAAGCACGUUGAUCCUUCGAAGCUCGGUGUCGACACUGUCAAGCAAUACAGCGGUUACCUCGAUGACGACGAGGAUGAUAAGCAUCUGUUCUAUUGGUUCUUCGAGUCCCGAAACGACCCCGAGAAAGACCCAGUAGUUCUUUGGCUCAACGGUGGCCCUGGAUGCUCGUCCCUUACCGGUCUCUUCCUGGAACUUGGACCUGCCUCAAUCGACAAGAACCUCAAGCUCCAUAAUAACCCGUACUCCUGGAAUGCAAAUGCCUCGGUUAUCUUCCUUGACCAGCCAGUCAAUGUCGGCUACUCUUACAGUGGCGGUUCUGUCAGCAACACUAUUGCCGCCGGCAAGGACGUCUACGCUCUCCUUACCCUCUUCUUCAAGCAAUUCCCGGAAUACGCGAAGCAGGACUUCCACAUCGCUGGCGAGUCAUACGCCGGUCACUAUAUACCAGUCUUUACCUCCGAGAUUCUCUCGCACAAGAAGCGCAACAUCAACCUGAAGUCUGUCCUGAUUGGCAACGGCUUGACUGAUGGACUUACACAGUAUGAAUACUACAAGCCAAUGGCCUGUGGAGAGGGUGGAUACCCAGCUGUUCUUGACUCUGGGGAGUGUCAGGCUAUGGAAAACGCACUUCCACGUUGUCAGAGCCUGAUUCAGAGCUGCUACGAUAGUGAGAGUGUCUGGUCCUGUGUUCCUGCCAGCAUCUACUGCAACAACGCCAUGAUCGGUCCCUACCAAAAAACCGGCCAAAACGUCUAUGACAUUCGAGGACAAUGUGAGGACACGAGCAAUCUCUGCUACUCUGCUCUUGGCUGGAUCAGCGAAUUCUUGAACAAGGCUGAAGUCCAAAAGGAGCUGGGUGUCGAGGUCAGCAGCUACGACAGCUGUAACUUCGAUAUCAACCGAAACUUCCUCUUUCAAGGUGACUGGAUGCAGCCAUUCCACCGUCUUGUGCCAGGUAUCCUUGAGCAGAUCCCAGUCCUGAUUUAUGCUGGGGAUGCCGACUUCAUCUGUAACUGGCUCGGGAACCAAGCUUGGACCGAGGCCCUCGAGUGGCCUGGACAAAAGGCCUUCAACAAGGCCGAGAUCAAGGAUAUCAAGCUUGACAACGGCGAUAAGUACGGAAAGAUCAAGAACAGUGGAAACUUCACUUUCCUCCAGAUCUUCGGUGCUGGCCACAUGGUUCCUAUGGAUCAACCUGAGGCGUCCUUGGACUUCCUCAACAGAUGGAUAGGUGGAGAGUGGUUCUAG